AUGUAUGUUAGCACCAACCAAAAGGAUUGGGAUGAACAUCUUCCACAAGUCUUGUUUGCCUACCGAGUAUCUCCGAAUGCUACCACUGGAGAGUCACCGUUUUACUUACUCUAUGGUCGUGAACCUCGUCUCCCAAUGGACGUUAGCCUACUUCCACCUACCAAUCUUAGCCCGUCUGUAGCUAAGCAUCGCGCCCGUAUUGUGACAACCCUUGAGGAAGUCAAACAGCUUAUCCAAUCCAACACCCAGCGGGCUCAACUUAAAAUGAAAGCCAGGUAUGACCAGUCAGCGCGUCAACCUCCGUACACAAUCGGUCAAAGAGUGUUUUUACACCAAAAAACCCUGCGAACCUUGGAAAACAAACUAGUUCACGCUCCAGUUCAUGCAAACCGAUUAAAACCAUAUUUCGAUCCGAAAGAUCGGCCGAUCGAAGCCCCGCAAGAAGAUCCAGAUAUGGAUAGUGAACCAUAUCUUCAUGAUCAUGACAUACCAGCGGACAGUUUCCCCUCCUGUGUAUCUCAUGUCUCUACAAACUGCCCACCACUUAGUCAUUCUAAUGACGCACCAGCGACCGGAGUAACCACAUCCGCCCAAGAAAAUGUAAACCACAUCUAUGAUGCCGAGCAAAUUGUUGGUCAUCGCGUCCGCCAUGGAAAACCUGAAUAUCGUAUCAAAUGGCGCGGAUAUGGAAAACGGCACAAUACGUGGGAACCACCAGACCACAUUUUGGAUCAACGUCUUUGGACAGAUUUCUAUGCCCGACAUCCCGAACACCGUCCAACAGCAAACGUUAACAAUUAA